AUGUCCCGCACGGCAUCAAUAGAAUUUAGAAAUAUCCCUAUGCAAGAAAGGGAGACGACCGAUGACCUGCUUUCCAUAGUAAGCAGCGUAUGUAAUGCUCUGCAUAUUCCCAUCAAACACGAUGAAGUGCGGGAUGUUUACCGUCUACCGGGUAAACCUGGAACGAAUAAAACUAUCGUGGCCGAAUUUGUAACGGUGCGCGGCAAAAAUAAUAUUUUGUCAGCGGCUAUAAAUUUCAAUAAAAAGAAACCGACCGAAGAAAAACUUAACUCCGAAUCCAUUGGGUUAUCUGGUAAGCGCAUACCAAUAUAUAUUUCAGAAUAUUUACCACCAAGCUCCAAAGCCCUAUUUCGAAAAGCUAGAAUGUACGCCAAAGACAAUAAAUACCAAUAUUGCUGGACGACUAAUGGCCAAGUUUUUAUCCGAAAAUUGACUGGUGAAAGGUCUAUUAGAAUUGAUUCUGAUAACUUUUUUCUCUCUAAGCCAACUGAAAUGGAGAAUGCAGAACCCAAUCGAGAAAUGUCAUUCCAGAGCGAUUUGGAGAAAUUUAGUCAGCAGAAUUAG